AUGGAAAAAUAUGCAAAUGAAGAUGUCGCUAUUAAAACAGUCGCUACUGGGGCUGCUAGUGAUGACUGCGAUGUGGAUAUACUCAACGAUUCGCUUCAUAAUUUAUCUUUGGAAGGUAAGGUUUUGUUUAGUUUAUCGCGUUUUAUCCUUUUAUGUUAUUACAAAGAUUAUUUCAUCGUCAUUUUCGUUGUGAAGUUUAUAGUUCGAGGGUUUUUAAAUAUAAUGUAUAGUGUAUGCUGUUAAUAUUUACUUGGGCCAAAUAAAAAUAAUAGUUGGUUUCAGCCGGUUUCACAGCCAUGUUUUAUAUGGGUAGGUAGGUCGGAAAAACAUUUUAUUUUGAAAAAGUAUUUUAUCUCAAGUAUGCAAUAAAUAUAAGAUAGAACUCAUUAUAAACUCUUAGUUUUUAUUGUUUUAACGUCAGGUUUUCACCUGCAUACAUAUUAUAAAAACUUGACAUGCAAGGAAACGAGCAACAACUAAAUAUUUAAUGUCAACAAUGUUCAGUCUAAACGUUUAAAUGUCAAUAAAAUGUUCAUGGUCGGUCAUAUUUUUGACAGGUUGGUUGGAAACCUGAAACCAACUAUUAUUUUUAUUUGGCCUUGUGGAUCACACAAAAAUAAAUGACCUGUAUAUAUUUCCAUAGUAUGGAAAUAGUAUAGAUACACUAUGGAUUUAGUGAUGCAAUUGUAAAUUUCAUAUAUGAAUUUCACAUUUUUUCCCCAGUGGUAGUGCUUUUUAUAGUAAUUACAACACUGAACACUUUUAAAACUGCCAAGUCUUCCAUGACAGUGAACAGCACAAUUUUUAGCAUUUCAACAUCAAAGAAUAUGGGCCGUCAACACUUAACAUUAACUAUAUGGGCAGUUUGUUUGGUUAACCCAAUAACCCAUUGAGUGGCAGCAUUCUCCACUUGACGAGUAAAAUCGUCUGGUGUUUGACAGAGUAAAAUACUAAAAUAGGCUCAUCUAGACCCUCUACUUUUUCUUCCAUUUAGAGCCAGGAGAUCUUGAGCCAUUGGCCAGCAGCACUCCAGUUAAAGCCAAAAGAUCAGACUUAAGUCCAAGUGAGUUUGAACCACCUGCAAAAAGACUCCAUGGUGAAGGAUGCAAGAAAAGGCAGGAUAUUUUGCAAACACAAUUAAAGGAAGAGUUUGUAGAAAGCCCAGGAAAAAGAACAGAAAGGUCAGAAGUUAUGAGCUUUUUAGGAACUGAUAGCAAAAGUCAUGCAACAAGAGCUGUCAAGUCUGCCUUUACCAGUGCUACUUAUGAUAAGAGAAAGCAACAGUAUAGGAAUAUAAGAAAGUCAAUCUCAUUUGUUGUCGGUAGUGAAUCUAUUGAUGAAUCAGAUUUGCAAGUGAGCCAAAACACUGAAAUUUACAAUUUGCAACAAAAUGUUUUAACUUGUAAACAGAAAGCCAAAUUAAUUAUGGAUGACAUUUUGUCAAAUUCAUCAGUCAGUGAUAAUGUUUACCUGAGUACUCUUGUGAACAUGUACAACCAAGAAAUGGAAAGCAUUUCAAAAAUCACAGAUAGCAUUGAUGCUAUCUAUGAGCGAGAGUUAAAACUGUUGCUGCAAAGGGAAACUGAUAAGAAGAUAUCUGCUUCUGAAAGAUCCACUAUAGUCUUGGAAUAUGACAGGUUAUCUACUUUUGUAAACCUUGGUAUUCGAAGCGGAGUGAAUUCGCCAGAAGAACAAGUUACUGGAGAGACAUUCAAAAACUUGAAACUUGAUUUUGUCAGAGAAUGUCCAAUGUUAACCGAAAUUGUCCAGUGUCUAUUCCCUGAUAGUGAGAUGACGGACAGAAAAUCAAAGUGUGCAGUAGAUGCUCUUUCCUUACUUACUAGCUUACGUAAUCGACAUUGCAAAAAUGAUGUUACCUUGCUAUUUACCAUGAUGCUUGUUUCUUAUGGUGCUGGUUGCCGCAUGAUUAACAUAUUGAACAAAUGUGGCCUCACUAUUCACUGGGAUACAUUAAUGAACUAUCUUGAUAGUCAGCUUGAAAGAAAAAAGAAAUAUGUGACAAGUUUGACACCACAAGAAAUUCCUUUAUUGCUUCUUAUGGAUAAUGUAAAUAUUUAUCGUGGCAACAAGAGGCACCACAGAUUAUACAAAGCAUAUGGUGAUAAUAUGUGGAACUUCACUGUCAGAGGACUUUUAGUCCCCCAUCUCGAAGGGAUACAAGAUCUACUAUCAUCAAGAGAAACUGCUGCUGAAAGUCAGCAUGAUGUAAAGGAUUUUAAUUUUGAGGACAUAGCAUUGGAUAGUAAUGUGGAACAUUGUGCAAUUUGGACUGCACAUGUUGACAAUUAUUUGACGAAACUGCUGCAAGAUGGACUAAACUUUUCAACUGAGAAACACCUUAAGGAAAUGUCUGAAAGCGAGUGUAAUCGUUGCCUUUCAACAAAGUCAUACAGCACCUCUACUGAUUUGAAAAUCUCUGCUGAUUCCUCAUAUGUUGAUAUAUCCCAGUCCUCCAGGAAAAGUAAUACUACCAUUUUGCCACUUUCUCUGGAGAACAAUAGCACCCUUGCAGGCACCUGUGCAAUUUUAGAUCAAUUUGGCAAAGAGUUUUCAAUUCCCUCCAGUUGUCAAUCCAAAAACCUACCUUUCGACAAACACUCCAAGACAUUUUGUCUUAAACAAGCACGGGAGCAUGCUGAAUUUAUUAUGAUGAUGAAUCAUCAUGCACAAGAUAGUGAACAGUAUAAACUGCAAUUGUCAAAUGCAGAGGAGAAUGAUGCAGAUACUUUUAAUUGUGGUGAUGGUUUUGGUGACUUGGAAGAUCAUGAGGUAGCUGGUGAUGUAAAUUGCCAGAAAGAGAAUGAAGAAACUCCAGCAGAUACUACUGUAGGUAGUGUUAAGAAAUUAUUCCAGGGUCAAGAUAUUUUGUUUAACAGUACUUACGAAUCACUAAAAAACAAAAUGUGUGAGGCUUUUCAAACCGACACAAUAGAACGGUUUGUGAAAGAAAUGGCUGAAAAGCCAUAUGUAAGAGAUAUGAAAGAUCACUUGGGGCGAACCUUUCUACACAUUGCUGUUGAACAGUUAAAUAUGAAUUUUGUUGAAUGUUUGCUCCAUGUUGGCUUUAAUCCUAAUGCAAAGGAGAAAUGUGGCAUCACUCCAAUAAUUAUUAGUGUUAUCUUAAAAAAUAAAGAAAUGUGCCAGUUGCUUGUAAAGUCAAGAGCAUGUGUGAGAGGUCCCCUGUUUACCAAUGUUCCCAGUCCAAUUGCUGUUGCUAAGAAAAUGGAACUUGCAGAAAUUUUGGAAAUCCUUGAUCCUACAAGCUCUGAUGAAGAAGAUGACGACUUGUGUUCUUAUGAUCCCGCAUUUCAAUCGGUUCAGUCACAAGUCACACUGCCCACUACCAAGGACAACAAUAAAGCCUGCACACGAUCUUCACCUGGUUUCAUCACAGGUGUUGUAGGUGAUGUGGGAACCUGCAAAACCAAUCGCGGUGUUAUGUCCAGAUCCAGUAGUCAUGAUUGGGUUGGCAUUAUCCCUGGUGACAUGCAUACAAAGGGUUACUUGGCAGAGGCUUGCUUCAAAGAGCAAGGCCCAGGGGGGUUCCAUUAUUUGGUGCACAAAGUGUUGAAGAGACCAAAACUCACCAAAGAGGCUUUCAAGAAGAAAAAGUUUGCAGAGGGUAAUUUGAGCAGAAUAAGAGAGGCAGUUAGAGAUGGUGCUAGAGCUUAUGGUCUAGCAGCAGUGAUGGAGUUCAAGGAAUCUAAAUUAUAUCCUGAUCCACAUAUGAUGUCCCAAUGCAACCGUGCUACUGGCAGUCAUACAGAAAUACUGCUUGGCCAGUUUAAAUUAUGGGUUAAACAGUCAAAUGUUGUCAGCUCCAGCUUCAAAUACAGAAGUAGAAUGUUCCUGUAUUAUGGCCCUUUGUUCGAACUGUACGAUCUCGCAACAAGUCACUGCUGGGGAUUGGCCAGAGAGACUUGCUUUCUUCACCAACUACCUAUGUAUGCCCAACUAAAUUUCCCAAAUUAUUUCACGGAAUGUUUCAUACAUACUGUCAAUUUACUUGGCAAAUGGCCCCUCGCAUUCAGAAAAACUGUUGGACUGAACUGCAGUGUCAAUGUCACAGGGAAGCAAGGCUGUGGGUUAGAACUUGAUGCCUUUGUGGAAGCAGAGAUUGUACAACCACUAAAGACUUACGUCUCAGGUACUGUAUCUAUAUGGUUAUUAGACAAGAUUGCUCCAUGUUUGCCUUCUACUUUAUCCCUGUAAGGUACUGUACUGUACUGUAGAAGCAAUUGUCUGAUAUUUUUAAUGUUUAGUACAUGUACAAUACACUUUGUACAAGUACAGAAUAUUUUAUUACCUUGACGACAACUGUUUCAGAGAACAAAAUGCCAAAUUUUUAUGUGUCAAAAUGUUUGGGCUAAGAUCAUAGUGUAUUCAGUUGAUUUAUUUUUCUAUAUUUUGAAAAUGACUUCCAACAAUCUUUAUGACAGUAUUUUGUACACCCCCCUCAUCAACACACCCAUUAUGAUCAAGAACAUUUUAUCCCCCCUGCCCAUUUUUGUCUUUUGAGAUGGUUCAUCCCCCCCCCCCUCCAGAGAGAGGGUGGGGGUACAAACUAGGAUUUAUAUAUGCAAGUAUCAAUGCUCAUUAUUAAUAAACACAGUAACUUUUAGGUCACACUUCAGUGAAGAUGUGCAAAAGAUUGAUGGGUUCAAUCGAUUUAUUCAAACAAACACGGAGUGGAUACACAUCAAAAUAUGCCUUUGAUGUACAUUCAACAUCCCGUCAUUCAGUCGCUGAACCAUUUCUCGACCAGCUUAAAGGUGCCUGGUUUUGCUUAAACAAUGGUCUAUUAGAUCCAAGUAAAUCCCCAGAAGCAUCGCCUGCAUGUUAUCCUGUUGAUGGUCAGGGAUGUGAAGGUGGGUCAGUUUCAAAGUGCUAUCUGGAUGUUCAGGAAAAAGGUGUAAAGAAAGUUGCUGAUAAUUUCAAGUCUAAAUUAUAUGACUGCUUUCCUGAUCUGAGGUAUCAGUUGUUGCUUGAUGUAUGA